GAGCGUAUGCGGAAGCUACUGAAGGUGUAUGAGUUGCUGGGAGGAGAGGAGGACAUUGUUAGCCCUACUAACGAACUCAUGAAGGAGGGACAUAUCCUCAAACUGUCGGCCAAGAACGGCACCUCGCAGGACAGAUACCUCAUACUGGUGAGUGAGUCAUUGUAACAGUGUGAAAAAUAGUGUGAAAAUAGUAUUGUUGAACUGUUGAUAUAUUUGGAGAACACUGUUCACUGCUGAAAUCAUGUUGUGAUUUAUGUCAUGAAUCCAAAAUGUAAAAAUGCAACUAGGCCUACAUCUCGCUCCCCUGUCUCGCCCUAUCAACUCUCCCUCUCUCUCUCCUCUCUCUCUCUCUCUCCUCCCCUCUCUUCACCACUCCUCUCUCUGUCUCUCUCUCUCUCUCUCUCUCUCUUUCUCUCUCUUUCUCUCUCUCUCUUUCUCUCUCUCUCGUCUCUCUACCUCUUCCCCCCCCCCCCCCCCCCCCCCCCCUGCAGUUCAAUGAUAGGUUAUUGUACUGCGUCCCUAAGCUGAGGUUGAUUGGUCAGAAGUUUGGGGUGAGAGCCAGGAUCGAUGUGGAUGGGAUGGAGCUGAAGGAGAGCAGCAGCCUUAACGUCCCCAGAACCUUCCUGGUGUCAGGAAAACAACGAUCACUAGAACUACAGGCCAGGUGAUGAGGGCAGCGGAUGAUCUUCCUCUAUCUUGAAUUACAGGCUUUUGAGUAGUUUACAAUGAAUUGCAAUUAAUAUUUAGCUCAAAGCCAUUUGUUUACUGUGAGUAGGACUGAAGAAGAGAAGAGAGAUUGGAUCCAGGCUAUCCAGGCCACGAUUCAAAGACAUGAACAGACGCUAGCGACAUUCCACCAUCUCAGCUGUUCUCUCCGAGACGAGGACUAUACUCCUCCCAACUCACCUGUAAGAUACUACACUACCCAUAACCCCUAGGACUACACUACCCCUAACCCCUAGCCCCUAACCCCUAGUCCCUAACCCCUAGUCCCUAACCCCUAGUCCCUAACCCCUAGGACUACACUCCUCCCAACUCACCUGUAGGAUACUACACUACCCAUAACCCCUAGCCCCUAACCCCUAGCCCCUAACCCCUAGUCCCUAACCCCUAGUCCCUAACCCCUAGUCCCUAACCCCUAGCCCCUAACCCCUAGUCCCUAACCCCUAGGACUACAUUCCUCCCAACUCACCUGUAAGAUACUAUACUACCCAUAGCCCCUAGCCCCUAGUCCCUAACCCUUAGCCCCUAACCCCUAGUCCCUAACCCCUAGUCCCUAACCCCUAGCCCCUAACCCCUAGUCCCUAACCCCUAGGACUACACUCCUCCCAACUCACCUGUAAGAUACUAUACUACCCAUAGCCCCUAGCCCCUAGUCCCUAACCCUUAGCCCCUAACCCCUAGUCCCUAACCCCUAGCCCCUAGUCCCUAACCCCUAACCCCUAGUCCCUAACCCCUAGUCCCUAACCCCUAGCCCCUAACCCCUAGCCCCUAACCCCUAGUCCCUAGCCCCUAGCCCCUAGCCCCUAACCCCUAGGACUACACUCCUCCCAACUCACCUGUAAGAUACUACUGAUACUACUAACCCUAACCCCUAGCCUCUAACCCAAGCAUAACCCCUAACACCAGCAUAGCCCCUAGCCCCUAGCCCCUAGCCUCUAACCCCAGCAUAACCCCUAGCCCCUAGCCUCUAACCCCAGCAUAACCCCUAGCCCCUAGCCUCUAACCCCAGCAUAACCCCUAGCCCCUAGUCUCUAACCCCAGCAUAACCCCUAGCCCCUAGCCUCUAACCCCAGCAUAACCCCUAGCCCCUAGCCCCUAGUCCCUAGCCCCUAGCCCCUAGCCCCUAACCCCUAGGACUACACUCCUCCCAACUCACCUGUAAGAUACUACUGAUACUACUAACCCUAACCCCUAGCCUCUAACCCAAGCAUAACCCCUAACCCCUAGCCUCUAACCCCAGCAUAACCCCUAGCCCCAGCAUAACCCCUAGCCCCUAGCCUCUAACCCCAGCAUAACCCCUAGCCCCUAGCCUCUAACCCCAGCAUAACCCCUAGCCCCCUAGCCUCUAACCCCAGCCAUAACCCCUAGCCUCUAACACCAGCAUAACCCCUAGCCCCAGCAUAACCCCUAGCCCCUAGCCUCUAACCCCAGCAUAACCCCUAGCCCCUAGCCUCUAACCCCAGCAUAACCCCUAUCCUCUAACCCCAGCAUAACCCCUAGCCUCUAGCCUCUAACCCCAGCAUAACCCCUAGCCCCUAGCCUCUAACCCCAGCAUAACCCCUAGCCCCUAGUCUCUAACCCCAGCAUAACCCCUAGCCCCUAGCCUCUAACCCCAGCAUAACCCCUAGCCCCUAGCCCCUAGUCCCUAGCCCCUAGCCCCUAGCCCCUAACCCCUAGGACUACACUCCCCCAACUCACCUGUAAGAUACUACUGAUACUACUAACCCCUAACCCCUAGGCCUCUAACCCAAGCAUAACCCCCUAACCCUAGCCUCUAACCCCAGCAUAACCCCAGCCCAUAACCCCCAGCCCCAGCAUAACCCCUUCCCCUAGCCUCUAACCCCGCAGAACCCCUGCCCCUAUCCUUCUAACCCAUCAUACCCUAGCCCCUAGCCUCUAACCCCAGCAUACCCCUAGCCUCUACCACCAUCCGAACCCCUAGCCCAGCCAUAAACCCCUAGCCCCUAGCCUCUAACCCCGCAUAACCCCUAAGCCAUAGCCUCUUAACCCCAGCAUAACCCCUUCCUCUAACCCAGCAUAAACCCUAGCCUCAGCCUCUAACCCCCAGCAUAACCCCUAGCCCCUAGCCUCUAACCCCAAGCAUACCCCUAGCCCCCUAGCCUCUCACCCCAGCAAAUAACCCCUUACCUCUAACCCCAGCAUAACCCCUAGCCCCAGCAUAAACCCCUACCCCUAGCCUCUAACCCAGCAUAACCCCAGCCUCUAUCCUCUACCCAGCAUAAAACCCCUGCCUCUAACCCCAGCAUACCCCUAGCCUCUAACCCCAGCAAACCCCUACUCCCCUACCCUAACAACCCCAGCAUAACCCCUAGUCUCUAACCAACAGAACCCCUAACCCCGAGCCUAACCCCAACAUAACCCCUAACCCCUAGCCUCUAACCCCAACAUAACCCCUAACCCCUAGCCUCUAACCCCAGCAUAACCCCUAGCCUCUAACCCCAGCAUAACCCCUAGCCCCUAGCCCCGAACCCCCAGCAUAACCCCCUAGCCCCAGUCUCUACCCCCAGCAUAACCCCUAGCCCCUAGCCUCUAACCCCUAACCCCAGCAUAACCCCUAACCCCUAGCCUCUAACCCAGUAUAUACCCCCUAGCUCUCACCCCAGCACUAACCCCUAGCCCCUAGCCUCUAACCCCUAACCCCAGCAUAACCCUAACCCCUAGCCUCUAAACCCCAGUAUACCCCCCUAGCCUCUAACCCCAGCAUAACCCCUACCCCUAGCCUCUAACCCCUAACCCCAGCAUAACCCCUAACCCUAGCCUCUAACCCCAGUAUAACCCACCUAGCCUCUAACCCCAGCAUAACCCCUAGCCCCUAGCCUCUAACCCUAACCCCAGCAUAACCCCCUACCCCUAGCCUCUAACCCCACAUAACCCCUAACCCCUAGCCUCUAACCCCCAGCAUAACCCCUAGCCUCUAACCCCAGCAUAAACCCCUAGCCCCUAGCCUCUAACCCCAGCAUAACCCCUAGCCCCUAGCCUCUAACCCCUAGCCCCUAGCCUCUAACCCCAGCAUAACCCUAGCCUCUAACCCCAGCAUAACCCCUAGCCUCUAACCCCAGCAUAAACCCCUAGCACCAGCAUAACCCCUAACCCCAGCAUAACCUCUAGCCAUUAGGCACUUGAAUUGAUCUGAAAGAGUUGGUUUAAGCAAUAUUCCGGGCUGAGCCUCUACCGUACCUUAUUACACUAUUAAAUUAUCACUCUUUCGCUUCUGAAUACCUCCAUCUGUGAGAUCAUAUUACAUUUCGGCUAACAAAGUUAUGGACUAUCGAACGAAACCUUAUUAUUAGUCUGUCUUCUCCUCUCGGUUUCUAUCAUCUAUAUAUUAUCUAUCUGGUUCUCGUAUCUAUAUUCUCCUCUUUCUUAUACUUUACUCUAUAUCUCUCUUUCUCUACUCUUUAUUCUCUCAAUCUCCUCUUUCUUUCUUUUUCUUCUCUCUCUCUCUUUCUAUCUCUUAUUUCCUUCUCUCUUCCCCUCUCUCGCCUCUCUCUCUCUUCUCUCUUCCUUGCUCCUCUCUUCUUCUCUUCACUUCUCUCUCAGAACUGUAGUGAGCUCGGGAAGCGUGCCCCCACUCCGAUCCGGGAGAAGGAGGUGACUUUGUGUAUGAAGGGCCAGGAGCGUUAAAACCCCAUCAAAAGAGACGCCACAUGCAAAGCCUGGGACACGUACGUUUCCAAUCAAGUCAUGAUGUUUGUACAGUGAAGGAAAAAAGUAUUUGAUCCCCUGCUGAUUUUGACGUUUGCCAUGAUUAAGGGCAUGAUCAGUCUAUAAUUUUAAUGGUAGGUUUAUUUGAACAGUGAGAGACAGAAUAACAACAAAAAAAUCCAGAAAAACGCAUGUCAAAAAUGUUAUAAAUUGAUUUGCAUUUUAAUGAGGGAAAUAAGUAUUUGACCCCUCUGCAAAACAUGACUUAGUACUUGGUUGCAAAACCUUUGUUGGCAAUCACAGAGGUCAGACGUUUCUUGUAGUUGGCCACCAGGUUUGCACACAUCUCAGGAGGGAUUUUGUUCCACUCCUCUUUGCAGAUCUUCUCCAAGUCAUUAAGGUAUCGAGGCUGACGUUUGGCAACUCAAACCUUCAGCUCCCUCCACAGAUUUUCUAUGGGAUUAAGGUCUGGAGACUGGCUAGGCCACUCCAGGACCUUCAUGUGCUUCUUCUUGAGCCACUCCUUUGUUGCCUUGUGGCCAAGACCAAAGAGCCAUUCCAGCCUUGUGUAGGUCUACAAUCUUGUCCCUGACAUCCUUGGAGAGCUCUUUGGUCUUGGCCAUGGUGGAGAGUUUGGAAUCUGAUUGAUUGCUUCUGUGGACAGGUGUCUUUUAUACAGGUAACAAGCUGAGAUUAGGAGCACUCCCUUUAAGAGUGUGCUCCUAAUCUCAGCUCGUUACCUGUAUAAAAGACACCUGGGAGCCAGAAAUCUUUCUGAUUGAGAGGGGGUCAAAUACUUAUUUCCCUCAUUAAAAUGCAAAUAAAUUAAUAACAUUUUUUUACAUGCGUUUUUCUGGAUUUUUGUUGUUGUUAUUCUGUCUCUCACUGUUCAAAUAAACCUACCAUUCAAAUUAUAGACUGAUCAUUUCUUUGUCAGUGGGCAAAUGUACAAAAUCAGCAGGGGAUCAAAUAUUUUUUUCCCUCACUGUACAUGUGACCAGAUUGUCAGUCGGUCUACUGCUGAAGAAUUAGACACAACUCAAUAUUAAAAACUCUUGAUUUAAAGAGAUUCUCCUGUACUUUUGUAUACUUUUUAGUCUGUAGUUCUGAAAGUACGGCUCACAAGCCAAAAGUGGUCCCCGAAAAUUGUGUACUACGUCACAUAUGUGCAGAUACAGUAUGUGCACCACGUCAUUGCUCUCUCUCUCUCUCUCUCUGCUUUGUGUGCAUCUUGCUAGCUGUCACUCAAAUGGGGGCUAAAGCUCCCCUCCCACCCCCUGCCAGAGAACUUCUCCCCUCCCAACCCCCAGCCAGAGAACUCCUCCCCUCCCACCCCCAGCCAGAGAACUCCUCCCCUCCCACCCCCAGCCAGAGACCUCACCUCCACCCCCAUCCAGAGACCUCCACCCCUAACUCCUCUCUCUGUGUAUCCCAGGUGGUGUGUGGAAAGUGUUCAGAGUUCAGGGCCCGUCUGCUCUAUGACAACAACAGGGCUAACAGGGUGUGUAUCGCCUGCUACAGCACCCUAGUGGGGGUUCCCCCCUCCCCCGCCAGUCUGACCAGCAGCGCUCACAGACGACGGUCGAUAUUAGAGGUAUGUAGCGGAUCCUGACUGCUGUAGAACAGUUCAAGGAGAGAGCAGAGAUAAGACAUAGGUGAGAUUUAAAACAUUUAAAACUAAAUGCAUGCUUUUCAAUCGAACGCUGCUAGCACCCGCCCACCCGACUAGAAUCACCACUCUCGACGGGUCUGACCUAGAGUAUGUGGACAACUACAAAUAUCUAGGUGUCUGGUUAGACUGUAAACUCAACUUCCAGACUCACAUAAAGAAUCUCCAAUCCAAAGUUAAAUCUAGAAUCGGCUUCCUAUUUCGCAACAAAGCCUCCUUCACUCAUGCUGCCAAACAUGCCCUCGUAAAACUGACUAUCCUACCGAUCCUUGACUUCGGCGAUGUCAUUUACAAAAUAUCCUCCAACACUCUACUCAGCAAAUUGGAUGUAGUCUAUCACAGUGCCAUCCGUUUUGUCUCCAAAGCCCCAUACACUACCCACCACUGUGACCUGUACGCUCUUGUUGGCUGGUCCUCACUACAUGUUCGUCGUCAAACCCACUGGCUCCAGGCCAUCUAUAAAUCACUGCUAGGCAAAUCCCCGCCUUAUCUUAGCUCAUUGGUCACCAUAGCAGCACCCACCCGUAGUCUGCGCUCCAGCAGGUAUAUCUCACUGGUCAUUCCCAAAGCCAACACCUCCUUUGGCCGCCAUUCCUUCCAGUUCUCUGCUGCCAAUGACUGGAACGAAUUGCAAAAAUCUCUGAAGCUGGAGACUCUUAUCUCCCCCAAUAACUUUAAGCAUCAGUUGUCAGAGCACCUUACCGAUCACUGCACCUGUACACAGCCCAUCUGAAAUUAGCCCACCCAACUACCUCAUCCCUAUAUUGUUAUUUAAUUUGCUCUUUUGCACCCCAGUAUCUCUAUUUGCACAUAAUCUCUUGCACAUCUAGCAUUCCAGUGUUAAUACUAUUGUAAUUAUUCUGCACUAUAGCCUAUUUAUUGCCUUACCUCCAUAACUUGCUACAUUUGCACACACUGUAUAUAUAUUUUCUGUUGUAUUUCUGACUUUAUGUUUUUUUUUACCCCAUAUGUAACUCUGUGUUGUUUUUAUUGCACUACUUUGCUUUAUCUUGGCCAGGUCGCAGUUGUAAAUGAGAACCUGUUCUCAACUGGCUUACCUGGUUAAAUAAAGGUGAAAUAAAAAAUAAAAAUAAAAAAUAAAAAAGAUUAAAGAACCUCCGGGUCUAAUACAUAUCUACACAACAGAUACUUCUGAAGGUUCUGCUGGGGGUGUGAGUCCUGACUGAAGGCCUUGGUCAAACAACAUUACCAAAGGUCAUACCAAGGACAUGCAUUUAUGUCAAAAACUUUCCACAUUUUGAACUGUACUCGAAGAGUAAAAGACAGGAGUAAUGUAGUGUAUUGGUGUGUGUGUGUGUCAUAUCUAAUGAAACAGAGUGUUCUGUAAUACAGUGUGUGUGUGUGUGUGUGUGUGUGUGUGUGUGUGUGUGUGUGUGUGUGUGUGUGUGUGUGGUGUACAGAAACAGGCGUCGGUAGCAGCAGAGAACAGUGUGUUGUGUAGCUUCCUUCACCACAUGGAGAAGGGAGCAGGCAGAGGCUGGCAGAAAGCCUGGUUUGUCAUCCCAGAGAAUGAACCACUGGUGCUGUACAUAUACGGUGCUCCUCAGGUGAGAUGACCUGUUAUUACACCCCCAUUUACCUGUUAUUACACCCCUAUUUACCUGUUAUUACACCCCUAUUUACCUGUUAUUACACCCCUAUUAACCUGUUAUUACACCCCUAUUAACCUGUUAUUACACCCCUAUUUACCUGUUAUUACACCCCUAUUACCCUGUUAUUACACCCCAUUUACCUGUUAUUACACCCCUAUUUACCUGUUAUUACACCCCUAUUAACCUGUUAUUACACCCCUAUUAACCUGUUAUUACACCCCUAUUUACCUGUUAUUACGCCCCUAUUUACCUGUUAUUACACCCCUAUUAACCUGUUAUUACACCCCUAUUUACCUGUUAUUACACCCCUAUUUACCUGUUAUUACACCCCUAUUAACCUGUUAUUACACCCCUAUUUACCUGUUAUUACGCCCCUAUUUACCUGUUAUUACGCCCCUAUUUACCUGUUAUUGACCCUAUUAACCUGUUAUUACGCCCUAUUUACCUGUUACGCCCCUAUUACCUGUUAUUACACCCCUAUUUACCUGUUAUUACACCCCUUUUACCUGUUAUUACACCCCUAUUUACCUGUUAUUACUACCCCUCAUUACCUGUUAUUACACCCUAUUAACCUGUUAUUACGCCCCUAUUUACCUGUUAAUACACCCUAUUUACCUGUUAUACGACACCUAUUUACCUGUUAUUACACCCCUAUUUACCUGUUAUUACACCCCUAUUAACCUGUUAUUACACCCCUAUUGACCUGUUAUUACACCCCUAUUAACCUGUUAUUACGCCCCUAUUUACCUGUUAUUACACCCCUAUUUACCUGUUAUUACACCCCUAUUUACCUGUUAUUACACCCCUAUUUACCUGUUAUUACACCCCUAUUAACCUGUUAUUACACCCCUAUUAACCUGUUAUUACACCCCUAUUUACCUGUUAUUACACCCCUAUUUAAACCUGUUAUUACACCCCUAUUAACCUGUUAUUACACCCCUAUUUACAUGUUAUUACACCCCUAUUUACCUGUUAUUACAACCCCUAUUAACCUGUUUUAUUACGCCCCUUUAACCUGUUAUUACACCCCCAUUUACCUGUUAUUACACCCCUAUUUACCUGUUAUUACACCCCUAUUUACCUGUUAAUACAACCCCUAUUUACCUGUUAUUACGCCCCUAUUUACCUGUUAUUACACCCCUAUUUACCUGUUAUUACACCCCUAUUAACCUGUUAUUACACCCCCAUUUACCUGUUAUUACACCCCUAUUUACCUGUCAUUACACCCCUAUUUACCUGUUAUUACGCCCCUAAUAACCUGUUAUUACACCCCUAUUAACCUGUUAUUACACCCCUAUUAUCCUGUUAUUACACCCCUAUUUACCUGUUAUUACACCCCCAUUAACCUGUUAUUACGCCCCUUUUAACCUGUUAUUACACCCCUAUUAACCUGUUAUUACGCCCCUAUUUACCUGUUAUUACACCCCUAUUAACCUGUUAUUACGCCCCUAUUUACCUGUUAUUACACCCCUAUUAACCUGUAUUACACCCCCUAUUAAACCUGGUUAGUUACACCCCUAUUAACCUGUUAUUACGCCCUAUUUACCUGUUAUUACACCCCUAUUUACCUGUUUAUUAACGCCCUAUUUAGCUGUUAUUACGCCCCUAUUUACUGUUAUUACACCCCUAUUAACCUGUUAUUACACACCGUUAGGACUGUUCAUUACACCCCUAUUUACCUGGUUUUACACCCCCUAUUUUACCUGUUAUUACGCCCCUAUUACCUGUUAUUACGCCCCUAUUAACCUAGUUAUUACCACCCUAUUUACCUGUUAUUACACCCCUAAUUAACCAUGUUAUUACACCCAUAUUAACCUGUUAUUACACCCCUAUCAACCUGUUAUUACACACCGUUAGACUGGUUAUUACACCCCUAUUAACCUGUUUAUUAACGCCCCUAUUUACCUGUUAUUACACCCCUAUUUACCUGUUAUUACGCCCCUAGUGAACCUGUUAUUACACCCCUAUUUACCUGUUAUUACGCCCUAUUAACCUGUUAUUACAACCCUAUAACCUGUUAUUACACCCUAUUUACUGUAUUACACCCCUAUUUACCUGUUAUUACACCCUAUUACCUGUUAUUACACCCCUAUUUACUGUAUUACACCCCUAUUAACCUGUUAUACACCCCUAUUAUCAUGUUAUUACACCCCUAUUUACCUGUUAUUACACCCCCAUAACCUGUUAUUACGCCCCUUUUAACCUGUUAUUACACCCCAUUAACAUGUUAUACGCCCCUAUUUACCUGUUAUUACACCCUAUUAAACCUGUUAUUACGCCCCUUAUUUACCUGUUAUUACACCCUAUUAACCUGUUAUUACACCCCUAUUAAACUGUUAUUACACCCUAUAACCUGUAUACGCCCUAUUUACUGUUAUUACACCCUAUUUACCUGUUAUUACGCCCCCUAUUUAGCUGUUAUUACGCCCCUAUUUACCUGUUAUUACACCCCUAUUAACCUGUUAUUACACACCGUUAGACUGUUAUUACACCCCUAUUUACCUGUUAUUACACCCCUAUUUACCUGUUAUUACGCCCCUAUUAACCUGUUAUUACGCCCCUAUUAACCUGUUAUUACACCCCUAUUUACCUGUUAUUACACCCCUAUUAACCUGUUAUUACACCCCUAUUAACCUGUUAUUACACCCCUAUUAACCUGUUAUUACACACCGUUAGACUGUUAUUACACCCCUAUUAACCUGUUUAUACGCCCCUAUUUACCUGUUAUUACACCCCUAUUUACCUGUUAUUACACCCCUAUUUACCUGUUAUUACGCCCUAUUAACCUGUUAUUACACCCCUAUUUACCUGGUUAUGACGCCCCUAUUAACCUGUUAUUACACCCCUAUAACCUGUUAUUACACCCCUAUUUACCUGUUAUUACACCCCUAUUUACUGUAUUACACCCCUAUUUACCUGUUAUUACACCCCUAUUACCUGUUAUUACACCCUAUUAACCUGUUAUUACACCCCUAUCAACCUGUUAUUACAACCCCUAUUAACCUGUUAUUACACCCAUUUACCUGUAUUACACCCCUAUUUACCUGUUAUUACACCCCUAUUAACCUGUUAUUACACCCUAUGACCUGUUAUUACGCCCCUAUUUACCUGUUAUUACACCCCUAUUAACCUGUUAUUACACCCCUAUUUACCUGUAUUACACCCCUAUUUACUGUUAUUACACCCCUAUUUACCUGUUAUUACACCCCUAUUACCUGUUAUUACACACCCUAUUUACCUGUUAUUACGCCCCUAUUAUCCUGUUAUUACACCCCUAUUUACCUGUUAUACACCCCUAUUGACCUGUUAUUACAACCCCUAUUGACCUGUUAUUACACACCCUAUUGACCUGUUAUUACACCCCUAUUUACCUGUUAUUACACCCUAUUAACAUGUUAUACACCCCUAUUUACUGUAUUACACCCCUAUUACCUGUAUUACACCCCUAUUACCUGUUAUUACACCCCUAUAACUGUUAUUACACCCUAUUAAACUGUUAUUACACCCCAUUUACCGUUAUUACACCCUAUUAACCGUUAUACACCAUAUUAACCUGUAUUACACCCUAUUACUGUUAUUACACCCCUAUUUACCGUUAUUACACCCUAUUAACCUGUUAUUACACCCCUAUUUACUGUUAUUACACCCCUAUUUACCGUUAUAACCCCUAUUAUACCUGUAUACACCACUAUGAACCUGUUAUACAACCCCUAUUAACCUGUAUACACCCCAUUUACCUGUAUUACAACCCCUAUUAACUGUUAUUACACCCCUAUUUACUGUUAUUACACCCCUAUUAACUGUUAUUAACCCCUAUUUACCUGUUAUUACACCCCUAUAACCUGUUAUACCCCUAUUACCUGUUAUUACACCCCUAAUAACCCUGUUUUACACCCCGUUAGACUGUUAUGAGACUGUUGUUAGACUGUUUAGACCGUUAGACCGUUGUUAGGCCGUGUUAGACCGUUGUUAGACGUUAGACGUUGUUAGACCGUUGUUAGGCCGUUGUUAGACCGUUAGACCGUUGUUAGGCCGUUGUUAGACCGUUGUUAGACCGUUGUUAGACCGUUGUUAGACCGUGUUAGGCCGUGUUAGACCGUUGUUAGACCGUUGUUAGGCCGUUGUUAGACCGUUGUUAGACCGUUGUUAGGCCGUUGUUAGACCGUUGUUAGACCGUUGUUAGACCGUUGUUAGACAGUUGUUAGGCCGUUGUUAGACCGUUGUUAGACCGUUGUUAGACCGUUGUUAGACUGUUGUUAGACUCAGAUAAUGAUCCGCUGGUGCUCUACAUAUACGGUGCUCCCCAGGUGAGAUGAGAUGUGUGAGAAGCUUAGCUGUGUACAUUUAUCUUCCACUGAACAUCCUGAAUUAAGUUUCCUUUAAAAAGAAAGUUAUUCUGACCAUCCACUCUCUGUGUUUUCCCUCCUCUUCCUCCAGGAUGUGAAAGCCCAGCGCUCUGUCCCUCUGAUUGGCUUCGAGGUAUCCCUUCCUGAGUCAUGUGACCGCCUGGAACGCCGCUUUGCCUUCAAAAUCAGCCAAUCACACCUUACGCUCUACUUCAGCGCCGACGGGGAGGAACUACAGCGCCGCUGGAUAGAGGUCCUAUCACGCGCAGGGAGAGGGGAGGAGCUACAGGCUCACGGUUCAAUCAUAGAGGCCCUAGAGGAGGAAGGGGAGGAGACUGCAACCUCGGGAGAGAAUACGUGA